AUGGAUCGUGUGUGCUUUAAAGUUAAUGGUGUUGAACAUACUGUUGGAUGCGAGAUCAGCUCAGACGUAUCGCUGCUGGAGUACCUCCGCAGAUGGCUGGAGCUGCGCGGCACCAAGUACAUGUGCCAGGAGGGCGGCUGCGGCGCCUGCGUCGUCAGCGUGGCCAAGCACCCUGGCGCUCCCACUGAAGCUGUUAACGCUUGUUUAGUAUCAGUGACGUCAUGCCAUGACUGGGAGAUCACUACCAUUGAGAAGAUCGGAAACAGGCUGAAAGGAUACCAUCCGAUACAGAAGUGUCUCUAUGAGAACCAUGGGUCACAAUGUGGAUAUUGUAGCCCAGGAUGGGUGAUGGCGAUGUACAGCCUUUUAAAGAAGAAGCCAAUGACAAUGCUGGAAAUAGAACAAUCGUUGGCCAGUAAUACCUGCAGAUGUACUGGAUACCGACCCAUACUAGAGGCAUUUAAGAAGUUUGCUAAAGACAGCCCUGAUCCUUAUCCAAUACUUGAUAUAGAAGACUUGAGCAUUUGCAAGAAGACUGGAGAAAUCUGCUCCAAUACUUGUGAUGAGUCAGAAUGGUGUGUUGUAUCUAAAGAUGAUGUUAAAGUUAAACAGGCCAGUGUUAUUCAUAUCAAAUUGAGUGAUAACAGAGACUGGUAUAGAGUUGAAGAUCUUACUGAUGUGUUUAGGAUUCUUCUUGCUCAUGGAACAGACUCGUAUAUGCUGGUAGCUGGGAAUACUGCUAAAGGUGCUUAUCCCAUCCUGGAAUAUCCUCGUCUCCUAAUAGACAUAUCAGCAGUGGCGUCUCUAAAAGGUUACUUCUUAGACCAGAACCUAGUUGUGGGAGCUGGUAAUACGCUAACUGAAGUCAUGGAGAUAUUUGACAGAAUGUGCCAAACGGAUUACUUCAAGUAUUUGAAGAUAUUCAAUGAUCAUUUGCAUUUGGUCGCGCAUAUACCGGUUAAGAAUAUAGGUACAAUAGCUGGGAACUUAAUGAUAAAAAACAGACACAACGAGUUUAAUUCUGAUGUCUUCUUACUUUUUAAUGCUGUUGGGGCCGAGUUAAGUAUAUUAAACGAACACGGCAUUGUAAAUAGAAUAAGUAUGCAGAAUUUUCUAAAAGAAAACAUGCACGGGAAAGUUAUUUUGAAUGUCUUGUUGCCACCUUUGAACGAUGAAUAUAAAAUAGUUACUUAUAAGAUAAUGCCUCGAUCCCAGAACGCUCAUGCCAUCGUUCAUUCAGGAUUCGUAUACAAAAUCGAUCCGUAUGACAAAAAAGUAUUAGAUUGUCGCGUAGUCUAUGGUGGUCUUUCACCAGCCUUCAUCAGAGCGAUUCGAACUGAAAGAUAUCUUAUUGGUAGAAGACUAUUUACAAAUGAAACACUUCAAGGAGCAAUUAACGUGUUGGACAAUGAAAUGGUAGUGACUGAAGAACCUGCUGAACCGUCUGUGGAAUAUCGAAGGAAAUUGGCUUUGAGUUUAUUUUAUAAGGGCUUAAUGUCGCUUUGUCCACCAGAAAUUUUAGGAGCCCCCUACAAAUCUGGAGCGGUUCGACUUCGAGAAUCACGGUCUCUAUCAGAUGGCAAGCAGAUAUUUGAGACUAACCCAUCGCUGUGGCCUCUCAACCAACCUUUACCGAAAGUGGAUGGACUAUUGCAAUGCGCUGGUGAAGCAAAGUAUUCGGAUGACAUUCCUUCUUUUCCCAAAGAAGUGUUUGCUGCUUUCGUUCUGUCUACUGUUGCACUGGGAACUAUUCAAAAGAUUGACGCCAGUAAGGCUCUUCUGGAGCCAGGAGUAAUAGCAUUCUAUUCAGCUUCAGAUAUACCAGGUCGAAACAGUUUUACGCCUGGACCAAAUAUUGUUUUCAUGAGCGAUGAAGAGCUCUUAUGUGAAAAGGAGGUUAAAUAUUACAACCAACCUCUAGGAAUAAUUGUCGCCGAAACACAAGAUAUAGCCAAUAAAGCUGUUCAUUUCGUCAAAGUUACAUACACUAAUGUGAGAAAACCAGUUCUAGAUAUCAAAGUUGCGAAAAAAGAUCCAAAGAGAAAUAAAAUAUUUUUUUCUGCUACCGCUACGAAAUCUGGCGCUGAUAUAGCCAAAGUAAUAAAAGGAGAAAAUAAUAUUUAUGGACAGUACCACUUUUGUAUGGAGACUCUGGUUUGUGUUACACAUCCAAUAGAAGAAGGGCUAAAAGUGUAUGCUGCUACACAGUGGAUAGACUCAGUGCAUAAAAUAGUCUCAAGGGUACUUAAAAUUCAACAGAACAAGAUCGAUGUAACAGUUCGUCGGCUUGGCGGUGCUUAUGGGUUGAAGAUAUCUCGACCAAAUCAAGUGGCAGGAGCUUGCAGUCUAGUCUCAUAUAAAUUAAACAGACCUUGUCGAUUCAUACAAUCACUUAGAACAAACAUGCGUGCGGUUGGCAAGAGGCUCCCUUGUUCGAAUGAUUACGAGGUUGCUGUUAAUUCACAAGGAGUUAUACAAUACAAUAAUAUGGAACUCUAUGAAGAUAAUGGAUAUGUAGUUAAUGAACCUCUUACUCUAUUUGGAGUUGAUAUUUUUUUCAAUUGCUACGAUAAAUCUCCUUGGAAUUUUAAAGUAUAUGAUACAGUCACGGACACAACAUCUAAUACAUGGUGCAGAUCACCUGGUACAUUAGAAAACGUAGCCAAUGCUGAAUGGUUAAUGGAAAGAAUAGCAUACGAAAUGAACUUAGAUCCAGUCAAUGUUCGUAUGGCAAAUCUAGAUACAGUCAACUAUGCAAAAGAUAUCACGGAACUGUUAAAUACACUUAAAACGAAUUCUCAAUAUGACGAAAGAAGAGUUGCUGUUGACAAAUUUAAUUCAGAAAACAGGUGGAAGAAAAGGGGAUUAAGACAUUCGUUUUUAAGAUGGUCACCAUUCCUAUCUCCAUUUUUGGAAGUUAAUUUAUCUGUGUAUGUUGACGAUGGUACAAUUGUUAUAACACAUAGUGGUAUUGAAAUGGGUCAAGGUAUAGAUACCAAGGCUGUUCAAAUGUGCGCAUAUUAUUUGAAAGUGCCUAUAGAAAAAGUACAAAUUAAAGCAAACGAUAGCAUUAUUUCCCCGAACGCCUUUGUAUCUGGUGCUAGUGUCACAACACAAAAUGUGGGUAUUGGUAUUAAAAAGUGUUGUGAGGAAUUACAAACAAGAUUAGAACCCAUCAAAGCCAAAAUGGAUAAUCCAACGUGGAAUGAAUUAAUAAAAAAAGCUUCUGAAAGCGAAGUGGACUUGCAAGUGCAUGCUUCAACAGGCAUAGCUGAUACUCAAAGGUACGAUAUAUAUGGAGUAACGUUAGCUGAAGUAGAGAUCGACGUAUUAACAGGAGAAUGGAACAUAAUAAGAGUAGAUUUGAUUGAAGACGUGGGGCGGAGUGUGAAUCCUGAGAUUGAUGUUGGACAGGUUGAAGGAUCUUUUAUUAUGGGUCUGGGAUAUUGGACCACAGAAGAAUUAAAAUACGAUCAAGACACUGGAGAGCUGUUGACCGAUAGAACUUGGAAUUACAAAGUUCCGCUAGCGAGGGACAUACCUCAGGACUUCAGGAUCUACUUUAGAAAGAAAUCCUUUAGUAAUGAAGUUAUUCUUGGUGCAAAAGCUACUGGUGAACCAGCGACCUGCAUGUCUGUAGUAGUGCCGAUAGCAAUGAGGGAGGCCAUUGUUGCCGCCAGGCAAGAAAUCGGGUUGCCUAGCAACCAGUGGUUUAAUAUAGAUGGACCGUACACUCUUGAGAAGAUUUGCAUGUCGUGUGCCACAAGAAAAGAAGAUUUUAAGUUUUACUAAUUUUUGAUAUUUAGUUAAGUAACAAUAUUUUAAGGUAGAUUGUUAAUUAAAUGUUGAAAUAUGUAUCUAAAAUAAAUAAUUAUACCACACUGUAAAAUUU